AUGUUCAAGGACAGCAGCACAGGGCCAGCGCACAGCGAUGGUGAUGUCCCAGGUGCAGGCAAGGGGUUGUUGAGUGCGCCCCGGCAAAGCCAGGAACAAUCACAAGUGUUGCCGCCAGCAUUGGGCCCUGCUGGUGAUGUCUUCGUGGUCAUCAACUUGAUGCCCUCCGAGGUUGAGGUCUUCGCUGAGUACCACCAGGACUUCAUCGCCACGCUCGAAGUCGUCAGCGCGUACCGCCACUCCUGUGGAGAUGGGCUGUUCAAGGUAUGGCCAAGAGCUUUAUACAGACAGGUGGUUCUGCUUGGCAACCGCUUGUACCUUCAGCUUUUUCUGCAGCACCUGCCCCUCUCCAAGGCCAGCCUUACUAGACUUGGGACGUGA